AAGACCUUUAUUCCAGCAUUAUUUGGACAUGCUUCUGAGGACAUAUUUAUUCAGCCACAUCAUUCUGAUCUUAUUUACCAGGCAUAUGCGGGAGACAAGAAUAUUAUCAGAUUUGAGGGUGAUCACAACUCCCCUAGACCACAAUUUUAUUAUGAUUCUGUUUCAAUUUUCUUUUAUAAUGUCCUUCAUCCCCCUCAAAUCUCUAUAACAUGCUCAACUAAGCCGGAGAGCUACUAUGAUUUAGGAGGUCUGAAGAUCGCUGCUGGUACAAAUGAGAAUUUAUUGUACGAGAUCAUUACCGGUCUCCGUGCUGCUCGUUCCAAUGCAGCAAGUUCCUCAUCAGCUCCUCCUAGCAAUCCAAAUGGUUCAACCACAAAAUCAGUAGUUGAAUUGCUAUCAGAAAGUGUAGCCAAUAUGUCUUUAAAUAAUGAGCUGGAUUUUUUCCUUGAUCAUGAGAAUACUGAUACUGGAAUCGGUGAGACUAGUGCAGAAGAAUCCCAUUCGCAGGUAAUUAUUUAUAUCCUUGCUAUUCAGAAAUAAUUAUUGCUGGCAAUCAUUUUAUUAUUGAAUUAUCGAUGAUGUAUUCACUGGCAUCCUCUACGUUGCAU